UUGUCACAUAUGUUUUGCUUCAAAGUUUUGCCCACUUUCUUCUUACUCAAUGAUUCUUUAGGAGGAGAGGUAACAUUUCUUAUGCCUUAAAAGUUGGUGAGACAUAUAACGGAAGAGGAGCAAUCAUCCAGAAGUUGAAGAGCUUAUAACCCAUAUUCCUUAUAGGUAAAACAGGUUUUGUAUUGAUUAGGAAUCUUUCUCGUGUGAAUAUCGAAGUUACUCCGGUUCUACAACGAGCAAAGCAAAGUAAAAGAUGGAGGGUGAUACUCCUGACGCUAAAAAGAAUGAAGAUCAGUUGAUGAAUGUGAACAAUGACGUGAGUCCUUCAAGCCUAAACAGCAUAUCAAAGUCGAGAAACUUGUUACAAAAGAAAGAUGGACGAUGCUUGGCGGUCUUGAGCAGCGGGAAGUAUUUACAGAUAUUUAAAAACAGCCCCAAAGUAUCAUGUAGUGACGAGUUCUCUACUUCUUCUCCAAGUCAUUUCUUGAGGAAACCAGGAGCAGACUCUAUUGCUGCUGAUCAAUCUCGGAAGGUAAUCUCUUUACCUAGUAACAACACCUUCUCGUCUCCAUCUAGAGACGAUUCUCAAGGAACCCUUCAGUUCACUAUGAGAGCCAAUGGAACGCCUCGUUUUGUUUUCAAGUUGGACAAUCAAAAAGAUGUUUAUGUAGCAAGCUUAAGCAGCAAGGCUGAUGACCAAAGUGUUUUAGAGUAUUCAUAUAUGAUUCAUCUGCAAAGAAGAGAAUCAUCAUCUUCUUCAUCAUCGCUUCUAGUUGGUAGAAUUAAGGUGUCAACCUUGUCCUCUGAUUCAUCGUUGAGUGAGAAAUUCAAAGAGAGAAGGUUUGUUUUGUUCAGCAACAAUGGUGAGCAUUCACAGACACCGUGUAAGAAGAAAAAUAGAGGAUUGUGUGAAAAAGUAGUCGGUGUGAUGAAGAACGAUGAGCAGAUGCAACAACCAAACUUUGAUCACGAGCAGGCGAAUCUACUGGAAAACAACCUUCCAACAAAUCUUGAAACGUUAGCUGUUGUUGUGAAACAAGAGUUUCUUGAAGAAGAAGAAGAAGAAACCGGAGGUUGGGGAUUGAAGUUCUUGAGGAAAUCUACGUUGGUACAAACUGAAAGUGGAAGUUCAAGAUCUAAGACAAGUAUUGAUGUUGUGUUUCCAUCAGGGAUUCACGGAGGGCCUGAAGAUGGGCCUUUGAGUUUGAUAGAGAGGUGGAAAUCUCAAGGAAACUGUGACUGUGGAGGAUGGGACUUGGGUUGUUCCUUAACCAUUCUUAAAGAAGGCCAACAACAAAAAGAUAAUCUGUUGGAGCUAUUCAUACAGAGAUCAAAACAUGAGACGAGUGUACUAAGGAUUGAGAAGCUUCCACGAGGACGCUACUUUGUUCAAUACCAAAAAUGGCUAUCUGCUUUGCAAUCUUUCUCGGUUGCUUUAGCAUUCAUACAUAGCCACAGAGCCAUCAGUUACGACCAUUGAAUCUAUAAUCAUCAUUAGUGUUUUAUAAUUAUUUUCAGCUUUUAGCAAAUAUUUCAAGACAAAAGUAGAAACCAUUGAUAGAUGUCUAUAUAACCAAAACAUUUGAAUGUCGUACAUAUUGCCAGAAAAUUAAAAAAAAAAAAAA